AUGGCGACCACGCAUCAUGAGCAAGAUUUAUCAUCCACAGGACCAUUUACUUCAAAGCCAUUGAUUGAACAAAGGAGAGGUAGUCUAGCACAAAUGUUUCUUACAACAACGUCGUCAUUGCAACAGUCGGCGGCUCAAGAGGUACGAGAAGAUCCCAUGGACCAAGAUUGGCCACCACCACCACCUCCUCCUCCAUUGGAGUCGCAAUCCAUUCAUAAUGGGAGUGCCAUGCCAUUCGGUCGUCGACGGUCCUCAUCUUGCAACAUGUUGACAACGCCAUCGAUAGUGGGUGGAGCAGCAAGUAAAGGGCACGGUGGUGUUGAUAGGCUAUUGAAUGUGCAUACGCUGUACAAGAUCAAGCGACGUAAAUUUCAUUUGUUUGGGAGCCAACAACAACAGCAACAGAAGCAUGAUCUUCCACCCGCCGCAGCACCGAUACUAUCAUCAUCGUCUUUGUCUUCAUUACCAUUAUUGGAGGAUGUGUCUAUUGCCGAGAUUCGAAGAGAAGGUGUCAAGGGAAUGUUACAAUCCAAAAUCCCUAUAUGCUAUUUCUUGUACCACCUACUACAAGAGAUCAGCAGUGAAAACUUGUUCUUUUUUACCGAGAUUGAGCAAUAUGAAUCAUUCACUUACAUGACAUUGGUGCAACAGCUGGCGACAGCGCAACACAUCUAUGAUACCUACCUGAGUCCCAAUAGCCAUUUCGAGGUCAACAUUGAUGAAAGGAUACGUCAUGCUGUGCAGCAUGCUUUACAAGAGAAACAAGUUCAGGGCUGUUUUGAUCCUGCCAAGCAAGCUGUUUAUGCGUUACUUGAAUCCAGCUUUAUGCGUUUCAUUGAUACACCCAUUUGGUAUGAGAUGGUCAAACAAUGUGGCGAGGAGACGAUGUGUCAUAAUGAAGAAACAAAGCACGCGGCUGUCAACACGUUACUAAGAUACAUCGAGCAACAACAUGCUAUGCUAUACACGAACCCGCAUAUGGAUGCUCCAUUGUCAAUGUGUAUGCAAACAGCUAAAAAAAGACAUGAUUUGACCAAAUCCAUGGUACACGAAUUUUGUCUCACGGUGGUCGGUGUUGAAUUUCAAUACUACAACAUUUGGUCCACACGACAAGAUGAACAUGAAGAUCAUCUAGAAUAUCAUCAUCGACAAAGCUCGUCAUCAUCUUCCUUUAUGACACCUUCCUCAUCCAUGUCCUCCCUUUCUUCUCAUUCACGUUCAGGGUCAUCUCAAUUGAUUCAAGCUCUCAAACGUCCACGUCAAGUCGUUGAAGCAUUUGAUUUCUUCGCCAAAAAGAAAAAGUAG